AUGUAUUUAUACAGGAUCUCGAAAUAACACCACAGUCAAGUCUUUCUCUUUAGAAUCCUCGCCACAUGUUUGCAAUAAUAGCCGAUGAGGCGUGUAUGAUUAGAGAGUAGGCACAGCAGCACACAAACGCACCUGACACUUUCAUUAUAGCCGCCCAAACACUAUCAAGGUUACACGACAUAUCGCAGACCUCUGUCACCAUGGCGACCUCCUUUCAGCAACGCCCGCAAAACUUGUUUUCGGGUUCAAGUCCUGGCUUAAAAACUCAUAGCUCAUCUGGCAAUGUUCACAGAAUAUUGAGCUCGCCACCAACAACGUCCAGUACUAGACCUAUUGCAUCUACAUCUCACCUGCCAACACCUUCGAGUACAGCAGCUUCGCGUGCAAAGGUUAUGGGUUGUGCCAUGGCGACAGUGUAUAUCAAAAUGAAGACGCAAGAAUCCAUUGGACUGGGGAGUAUUGUUGGGCGCCAUUUGGAGCUGAGAAUGGAUGAGAAGAAGCGUAUACUUAAGGUGAGAAGCCACGACAGGAGCAAACCUGACAUUAACAUCUACAAGAAGGACAUUCACAGCGUCGACAAAGAUGAAGUAGAAUACGGUAUCAUUGGUAUGGUGACUGAGACAUACAGAGUCACUCUGAAUCUGAACAAUGAAACAAACGCACGCAAACUCGUUAACUGGUUGUCUGGUCGCAAAGUAGAAUUGGAGCGCUGCAAAAAAUGCAAGGACAAAAAAGAGCAAGCCUCUCCAGUGAAGGUAGCAAGAUCAAAGUCCGUGUCUGAAGACAUGCCACGUGCAGCGCACUCAGAGACCGCGUCACAUGCCUUUGAACCCAAAGCUACCACACAAACCUCUCACACAACGGAGAGGAACAGUGACUCCACGAAGGUGCGCCAAAGCACAGGUAACACCCCCAGCAAAAAGAAUUUAUUUGGUAGCAAGAGCACCGGAAAUAUCCUUGGCAGCAGUAAGAAAUCAGAGCCCGCAAAUGCAGAAAACAUUACUCGGAAUAGUUGGGGAAGUAGCCCUUUGAAUAGCAAGACUACCUACCAGCGUGCCAACAACACGAACCCAGACAAGACACACAACGCUCACAUUAGUAGCCCGACAAAUAAUGAGAACUAUCAAAGUCUAGGCGUAGACAAAUCGCCAAUGCGCACGGAUAAAUCAGCCAAAUCUGGCCCUAAAAGUAGAGAUAGCCGACUUAAUGCAGAUAGGCCGAAGAAAGUCAGACUCAGUGAUAUAUCGCCGGUCAAACCAAAGGCUGCAAACACCCCAAUGGGACGCACCAAGAAUAAAUCAGAUGAUUCCACAAGAGACACCGGUGCGGCGGAAGAGGAGGCUCCCCCAAGGCACGAACUGAAGAAGGCGGAAAUGGCAGAAAAACUGCGACGGAGGAAAGAGAAAGCCACCACCUCAGCACCAUCAGUUGACCCGGAGGCCAUCAGGGAAAGUCGCAUGAAAGCCGAAAAGGAGAAGCAACGAGCCGCAGAAGAGAGAACCGACACGCAACAACGUGCUUAUGCCAACAGCGCUACACACCCUACCAGUAAGAACAGGGCUGGCAAAUCUGCUGGUGCUUGCGGUGCAAAAAGUAGUACGUGCGAACCCACGCCUACACCUGCACCCACACAGGGCACCAACGAACGUGUGUCACCUAAGAAAAAUUCGGGACAUGAUUCAGGUUUCGGAUUCGCAGAUGCGGAAGAUGAUAGCGAGGCUGAGUGCUGGCCAUUUGAAUCAUCCCAGUCACCUCGGGAAACACCUGCCGCAAGCCCAAAUGCGUGCGAACACGAAGAGGCAUACGAUAUCGUCUCUCACAAGAAAACACACACAAAGAAGAAAACAAGCACUCGCCGGGAGAAGGACAGCACACAGACAAAAGACUCGCCAAUGGAGGGGCUGUUUGCAAGCACGAAAAAUCACAGCACGCGUGUGUCUGAGGAUACCAAGAUGCACACCUCUACGCCCGUUGAUGGUGCGCAAACGCGAAAAGGACAGACAUAUACAGACUCACCUGAGAGUAUCGAUCUGGUAUCGCCAAUCAAACCUGCUUCGAGGACUAAAUUCCAGCACGCUCGACCACCCGCGUCUACUGCCAACCAAUUCAAGAAACAACAACACAGUAAAGUGCCCACACCCGCACCUGGCAGCCAAGACACCGAAGAAAAGCCAACACGUAAAACAGAUGAAGCGAAGACAAACGCCGGGACAUAUGGUAAUAAUACAAGCGCGAACGCCGGAAAGGACGGAAGCCCUCCAGAUUUGCUUGAGCGGGAGGGAGUGCUUAGUUUAGACGACACACAGAUAGAUUCGUUGGGCGUGAAGAAGCUUAAGCAGGCAUUGGAUACACUGGGGGUCAGUUGGACGGGAUGCGUAGAGAAGCAGCAUCUGCGUACACUACUGCGUGAGUCCAUAAAGAACCCCCCUCCAUCGAGUACAGGAGCAUCACAGGAAAAUAGUUCGGAACCUAAAACUGAAUCCCCAUCCUCGUUUCAAGACAGCGCAGACUCGAACGCGCGCACACAGACACAGGAAUCAGCUGGUGGCAGGGGGAGAGCACCUCCCCCUGGAAGUGCACCAAACUCUAUGCCCGGGUUCACAUCUUCGACAGCAAAACCUGGGCCAAGAGCUCAACCUCAAGCCAGUGCAAAUAAUUCUUCAUAUACAAAUACAUACACUCCUGGAAACAGUUUUGGAGGUGAUGAUUUCGGACGGGGCCAGCAACAACUGGUUCCGUGCUGGCUAUGCCAUGGCACCAGUUAUAGGAAACUCAUCAAGAUAUCUGGGCUAUGUAAUACGUGUCACGCGCAACAGAGGAAAGAUCGCAAAGCAGCCGCCGCCGAGGAAGAGCGCAGGGCCAAAACAGGAGAGACAGUCGAUGCGGAAGAGAAGGCGCGUGAAGAAGCACGCAAGUAUGCUCAGGCUGAGUACGAGAGGGAACAACGAGAGAAGACUCUGGCACAGCAGAGGCUAUAUGAACAGGCACAACGCGAGGCGAAUGCGCAAGCGCAGAUGCGAGCAUACGCUGAGGAGAGGGCUAGGGCCCAAGCAGCCACACACGCACGCGCACAGGAGGCGGCGUACAGGGAACAGCUCAGACAGCAGCGUGAACGGCUGGAGAGAGAGCGUCAGGAGAAGAUCAGGCGCGAACACGAGGCACGUAACAGGCAGAACCCCCGGGGCGGGGCUCAGUUCAAACCUCCUGGGGGUCUCGGUGGAGACGGCAUGGUACACGACCUCGAUGUCAAAUGGGAGCAUUUUUCUUCCUCUUUCAAGGCUCCAAUCAAGCACCAUCACAUACCUUGGCCUGGGCCAAACGCACCCGGUCUUUCGCGGCAAGACACUGUAGGGACUGCAAAGAAAAAGAUCCGGAAGGCAACACUCAGAUGGCAUCCGGACAAGUUCAUUGCCAAGUUUGGAGACGCCCUGUGUCCAAUUGACAGGACUAAAAUAUUGGAGAAGGUGAACGAAACGUUCCACGCAAUCACCAAAAGCAAACAGACAUUAGACGCCAAUCCCACAGGCGGCGGACAGGCGUGUGCCCAGAUGUAGAACAAUCCACUUAGUUGCAUCUCAGCCUAUAUUUAGAAUCCAAUUGGAUGUGAAUUAGAGGGCGAGCAUUCUGUCACGAUUGACAAUUAUAGAAUCUACCGAAUAUGCCGAGCGCAGGACCUGCACCAAUAGUUUUUUGAAGUCCAUCACCGAAUGCAUGUUUGGAGCAGACAGCUCCAUAGCAAUUGCAAAAUAACAUUACACAGCAUCAAUAUCUACCUGAUCGAGAUGCGAAGAACACACAUUAACUUGAGAUGUGGGAAAGAAAGUGAUUUUUCUUCUCGAGUUGCGGUAUACCCGAACCCUUGUAGUUCCAUCCCGCACGCUCCCACGAAUCUUCUUAUUUCAAGCGCUCUCACUAAUCACGUGGGAAGCACGCAUGCUGGAAAGGAAAUAAGCUUGAAAUAGAUUGAUAUAAAGCACGAAUGCUUCUGAAAGCAAUAAGGUUAUAUUUCACAUCUUACAAUUUAUCAACAACCAAGAAACUGAAAGCAGAGUGUUCUAACGCCCCGAUAGACAAAUUCGCACUACGAUUCAAAGUCCAAUACGAGUCGAGAUUGGUUCGAUGCGUACAGUGAGCGUUGACAUCCUGCACAUAGACUUGAAAAUCAUCUUAGAUUAAUACAAUAAUAAAUAUUUUGUUCGUACUGGA